AUGGGCACGAAUACCUUGCUUCCAUCAGACUUGGGAACCUACAGCCUGUCUUCCACCGCUGCGAGUGGCCCAGACGCAGCCAACGGUAACCUCAUUUUUGCCAUCACUCCCUCCACGGGCUCUUCAAAGCGAGACCUAUCAAAGAGAGCCCGCGGUGGCUUUGUAGGCGGCGAGAACGCUGUAAACCCCAACACCUGCACCGAUGCCUCCGCCUUUAGCCUGGUCUCGGGACAGCUUUUCGACAACGGUCUGCCCAUCUACUACAGCGGCGAAGCCUACAAGUCAUUCAGUGGCCAGGGAACUCCACCAGAUGGCUCCAUAACGACCACCUUCCAGAAUGCUCAAGGUCUCCUCCAAUUCGUUAAUCCUUCUUUGCCGAAUGGUCAGGCGGGCUUUUGCCAAGAUUCCACCACUGGAGAGGUGUACAUCACCUUCUCAAGAGAGCCAGCAGACUGUGCGCCAGUCUCGCUCAUCAUCUACAGUGUCGAGCAAUGUCUGAACGGGGAGAUUGAUGACCGAGUUCCUCCCGGUUCUACCAAGGCUGGUACCAGAUUAAGCAGCGGUGUCGAGACAUCUGGCCCCUUGGUUUCAACAGGUAAUGCAGGGUCAAUAGAUGCUUCGAAUAUUCCUACAUUGGUAACCCAGGAUUACCUGGCGUCGACCGAGAGAUUACCUACAUCGUCAGACUCAACGUCAGUCCUCGAGGAUACUUGGCCUGCAGUUUCUCAGACACCAUCGCCUAUGUAUUCCUCUUCUACAGAGAUAUCCACAGAAGAAAAGACCGCAACGAGUUCCGGAGAUGAUUCAUCUUUCACAAAUACUCCUUUGAGAACCUCCACACUCGCUGAAUAUUCCUCCAUUGAUGUAUCGCCCGUUGAGUCAGUUUCUGCAACAAAAUCUGCAACCACAGAACUUUCGAUCCCUGAGCCCCCGUCAAUCUCUACAAACUCUUUCCAAGAUACAUCUACACCUACAGAUCCGUCUUCAUCGACAAAGACGCUGCCAAUGACAGAUACAACGCCGACAGAGCCCACUGACUGGCCUUUGGUCCCGACGACGUCAUUCCCCGUCGCAGACUUUACCACCCAAUCAUAUGAAGAGGAACCAACCCCGAUUUUCAGUGAUGAUGACUUUCUCAACGCUCAUCGAGAAGACUUUAAAGAGAUCACCUUGCCAUUCCCUGUCACCAUGUACUCGGCUUCCAAUAAUGUCAUAUACAUCAGUGUAAACGGCGUUAUAUCACUAGGCGACGGAUCAGGCGCCACAAACCACGGCGAGCUUCCCAGCGACUAUCUAGCAGACAAGUCCAUCGCCAUCUACUGGACCCGAAACUCGAUCAUCCCAGGUUCAGGACAAGGCAUCACGUACCGGGUUUUAGGGGAAGGGCCGGCUCGCCUCGCCAUUUUCGAUUUCAAAGUCCAUCCUGACUCCAACACGGCCAACGAUGAACCCGACCACUACAGAGUCACCUUUAUGGAGCAUGAGCCUAGGUUCUGCUCCAUUUCGUAUAUCCAUACUAACGGCAAGGGAGGUGAUGCGACUGUUGGUCACCAAGACUAUUCCAACAGCCUCCAUCGUCAAUAUUCGUACAACGAGCCAGGCGCCAUUCCCGACAUGACAUGGCUGUACAUGUCGUUGAAGCGUGAUGGAAUCUUUGAGUCUGGCCCUGAAGGCCAAUGA